AUGACAACCGACGUGAGGCUCGGUUACCCACCGGCGCUGCAGCAGCAGCAGCUACUGCAUGAAAAUGAAAGCAUUUUGCCUCUAUACACACAGGCUUCUGAAAGUGGCCGGCUUCUCCAACAUCUUCCACUUUUAGCUAACAGAGGCAGCAUCAGAGAUAGCGGUAGUGUGCAGAGAUUGAGAAGUCAGCAUGUAUUCGAAGAUCAGUGUAAACAGCAAAGGUUAGACAAAGUAGAAGUGAUUCAACAUGGCGGAGAUGCACCAACGGGUCUUCUUUCCAGAGAAGGCAGGAGCAGUGGUGAGGGAAAUAAAGAUACAGAGGAGAACCGGAUGAGUCCAGACAUUGCAAUGAAGCAUUAUAUGCAAAGGCUGAGCUCAUUUGAGCACCAUGAAAUAUUCAGCUACCCGGAUGUUUAUUUUGUGGGGCAGAACGCAAAGAAGAAACGAGGAGUAGCAGGAGGAACAAAUAAUCAUGGGUAUGACGACGAUAAUGGAUCAUAUGUCCAUGUUCCGCAUGAUCAUAUUUCGUACCGCUUUGAAGUUCUGAAAGUGAUUGGAAAAGGCAGCUUUGGACAAGUGGUUAAAGCUUAUGAUCAUAAAUAUCAGACUCUUGUAGCUUUAAAAAUGGUGAAAAACGAGAAACGUUUUCACAGACAAGCACAGGAAGAAAUCAGAAUUUUGGAACACUUGAAGAAACAAGAUAAAGAUAAUAAUAUGAACAUCAUACACAUGUUUGAAAAUUUUACAUUCAGAAAUCACAUUUGUAUCACAUUUGAGCUUCUAAGUGUCAAUUUAUAUGAAUUAAUAAAAAGAAAUCGGUUUAAAGGGUUUAGCGUACAGCUGGUUCGUAAGUUUGCACAUUCAAUACUGCUGUGUCUUGAUGCACUUAAUAAGAAUCGAAUUAUACAUUGUGAUUUGAAGCCUGAGAAUAUUCUGUUGAAGCAGCAAGGACGUAGUGGGAUUAAAGUGAUCGACUUUGGCUCUAGUUGUUACGAGCAUCAAAGAGUGUACACGUAUAUUCAGUCACGAUUUUACCGGGCACCAGAAGUAAUAUUAGGAGCUAAAUAUGGCAUGCCAAUCGAUAUGUGGAGCUUAGGUUGUAUUUUGGCAGAACUUGUUUCUGGCUAUCCUUUGUUUCCAGGGGAAGAGGAAGGCGAUCAACUGGCUUGUAUUAUUGAGUUACUUGGCAUGCCUCCACCGCAUCUACUUGAGCAGGCAAAACGAGCCCGUAAUUUCAUCUCAUCCAAAGGUUAUCCACGGUACUGUACAGUGAACACAUUGCCAGACGGCACAGAGAUUUUACAAGGUGGCAACUCACGUAGAGGCAAGCCUCGUGGAUUACCCGGCAGUAAAGAUCUGGUUACGGCACUAAAAGGUUGUGAUGAUCCAUUAUUUUUGAACUUUUUACGUAAAGUUUUGGAUUGGGAUCCUUUGCAGCGACUCACUCCUUCUCAAGCUCUACGCCAUGCAUGGUUAAGGCGACGAACUGCUGUCAGGCGAAACUUUUCCACCAUGCACCUCAUUGUCAUGCCAAAAUAUGAAAAUUGGACAUUGAUCAACGAAAAACCACAUCAAAUAUCUAGUCAGGAUAAUAUGUCCUUUCACCUGAAAACACAGACAAAGUUGCCUCAGAUUGGAUUAACUAUGUAG